GGUUCGUUGUCAUCUUCUCCAAGUCCAAGCUCCAAAGAUUCUUCAUUUUUUCGAGCAAAACAGUCAUCCACUUCCUGUGGAUUUCAUUUCAGCCUCCUUCUCUCCCAGCAGUUUUUGCUGUCGCAGCACCGGCAUUCACAAUCCUAUUUAUGGUGACAUUUGUAACUCGAAAGCUCUCGAGGUGUCUGAUGUAAAUUUUCGUUACAUUGACAACUGUUUGAUUUGGUUUCGUGAAGGAAUUUUCCGGGAAAGGGGAGUGUUUUGCCUAAAGCAGAAAGUGAAAUUUCAUAGUAGAUAGUGCUGGUAUCUUUCCUUCCAUCUUUCUAUCUGCUUUCAUCGAAUGAAAAGGGAAAGAUGGCGAAAGGAAACAAGGUGCCUUCUUUUGCGUAUGGAGUGAAAUGGAGCUGCUCUUAAGCUUGGGACUCCAAUUGAAGGAUCACUGCCAAGAAAAAAAGAGAAGCUUUAGGGAUAUAAUAUGCCAACAGUUUGGUUCUCUCUCAAGAGGUCUCUACACUGCAAAUCAGAGCCAUCAGAAGUUCAUGACCCGAAAUCUAGAAAGCAUUUGAGCACAAUCUUAACGAAAAGGGCUGGUAGGUCUGGGUGCUCGAGGAGCAUAGCAAAUCUCAAAGAUGUAAUCCAUGGAAGCAAGAGGCAUCUCGAGAAGCCACCAAGUUGCAGUCCAAGAUCCAUUGGGAGCAGUGAGUUUCUCAACCCAAUAACCCACGAAGUGAUUUUAAGUAACUCAAGGUGUGAGCUCAAAAUCACUGGUUUUGGUGGAUUCCAAGAUGGGGUUAGCGGCGGCGGCGGCGGCGCUGCUAACGGCGGUGGAGGCGGAGGCGGAGGCGGUGGUAAUAAUGGUGGUGGUGGUGGUGGUUCUACCUUUGUGGGUACUUUACGGCCUGGGACUCCGGGACCCGGAGGACACCCUACAAUGCACUACUUUAAUCCUUCUUUUAGGACAUCAACCACUCCUCCAAGGAAAUCUCCGAGUCCUUUUGUUACAUCAGAAAAAGAAGGGUCUGCAUUGCAUGGUGGUGGGGGGCUUCAUUCUAGCAAUAGGAUGUCUCUUGAGACUGAUUCUAAUGGCUGUUCCACUGUCACUUGUCACAAAUGCGGAGAGCAAUUUACGAAAUGGGAAGCUGCUGAAACUCAUCAUCUCUCCAAGCAUGCUGUUACUGAGCUUGUGGAAGGCGAUUCAUCGAGAAAGAUAGUGGAGAUAAUAUGCAGGACGAGCUGGUUAAAGUCCGAGAAUCACUGUGGCCGAAUAGAGAGAGUGUUGAAGGUCCACAACAUGCAAAAGACUCUGGCUCGAUUCGAAGAGUACAGAGAGAUGGUAAAAAUCAAAGCUAGCAAACUCCCAAAGAAACAUCCUCGGUGUCUUGCUGAUGGGAACGAGCUUUUGAGGUUCUAUGGCACGACGGUGUCCUGCAAUCUUGGUCUCAACGGCUCAUCCAGCCUAUGCCUCUCAGAAAAAUGCUGUGUUUGUCGAAUUAUCAGAAAUGGGUUUUCUGCAAAGAAGGAGCUCAAGGGUGGAAUAGGAGUUUUUACAACUUCCACAAGCGGAAGAGCAUUUGAAUGUAUUGAGAUCCUUGAUGAUGACAUUUCAAUCAGAAAAGCACUCAUUGUUUGCAGAGUAAUAGCUGGCAGAGUUCAUAGGCCACUCGAGAACAUACAAGAAAUGGCAGGGCAAACAGGUUUUGAUUCUUUGGCCGGCAAAGUUGGUCUCUAUUCAAACAUAGAGGAGCUUUAUUUGCUCAAUCCUAAAGCCCUUCUUCCUUGCUUUGUCGUAAUCUGCAAGCCCUGAAGUGAAAAUGCAGUGCACAUUAAUUACCCAGUUUUAAUGAAAAUCCCCUGUUUUGGCCUUUCCAUGGAGGUUCUCCGCGCUCCAUCUUUUGGAAAGAUUAGAUUUUUACUGUUCAUGUAACUUGUCGUCUUCUUGUUUAUUUUAUGAACAAUUUAAACGGUGCUGAUUUUUUCACCUACACAAGGUAGUUAGUAAAAUUGUAUAAUGGUACCAAUGCAAGUUAUCUUCUUGAA